AUGAGAUUUGGCAAGAAAAGGAAGCUUAGUCCGAGAUAUAUAGGUCCCUACAAAAUCCUAAAGAGGGUUGGUAAGGUGGCUUAUGAGUUAGAGUUUCUAGCAGAACUAGCAGUGGUUCAUCCAGACUUUCACAUUUCCUCGUUGAAGAAGUUUGUGGGUGAUCCAGCAUCCAUAGUACUAUUAGAGAGUGUGGAUGUGAAGGAUAAUCUCACUUAUGAGGAUGUGCCAGUCGAUAUUCUUGACCGUCAGGAUAUGAAUACACAAAGGGUUAAAGCAAGAAGAAUAGAGGGUGACAAUGUGAAUAAAGAAGCUUAUCAAGUUAAUCAAGCUCCAAUUAAUCCUUCGGAUAUGGAGGUUAGGUCGGAUUUUCAAAUGUUGGCCCAAGCUAUGACGACUCAAGCUCAAGCUAUGACUACUCAAGCNUAA